AUGGUGGUCGUGAAAUUCUGGUUCUCGACGAGGGUAUCGGAGGGGAAAUCAAAGCUCUGCCACAGGGGGCUGUCGCCGGCGCCGGAGACGAUCAGAUUCGAGGCGUUUGAGAGCCAAACGCUGGCGCCGGAGGUGUGGGUUGACCAGAAUACCCUCGAGUUGGGAUCGGACAGGACUAGGCUGCCGUUGAACAUUAGCUGGGCUGACCCGGUCCACCUCGCCGGUCUGGUCGGGUUAGCUGACCACAACUGGACAGAGGAUGGGACGUGGAUGAUGGAGAGGCUGAGUCGGGGCUGGAACGACGUGACGGACGGGUCCGGGGUUGCUCUGAAUCCCACGAGAAGCUCCGAUCUGGGCGGCGGCUCGGCGGCGCGUGUGGCCCACGUGGGCGGGUGGAAGGAAACAAAGAAGGCGGCCAGGAGAAGGAAUAGAGCCGCCGAAUGGGGGUAUCUGUGA